AAGCUGCAUGUCCCUGGCCCCUGGCAGGAAAUGGGCUGUUGAGGAAGAAGACGCUGGUCCCAGGGCCACCAGGUUCGAGCCACCCAGUCAAGGGCCAGGUGGUCACCGUGCAUCUGCAGACGUCGCUGGAGAACGGCACGCGGGUGCAGGAGGAGCCGGAGCUGGUGUUCACCCUGGGUGACUGCGACGUCAUCCAGGCCCUGGAUCUCAGUGUCCCACUCAUGGAUGUGGGGGAGACGGCCAUGGUUACUGCUGACUCCAAGUACUGCUACGGCCCACAAGGCAGCAGGAGCCCAUACAUCCCCCUGCACGCGGCCCUGUGCCUGGAGGUGACCCUGAAGACAGCUGUGGAUGGGCCUGACCUGGAGUUGCUAACGGGGCAGGAGCGCGUGGCCCUGGCCAACCGGAAGCGGGAGUGCGGCAACGCCCACUACCAGCGGGCAGACUUCGUCCUGGCCGCCAACUCCUACAAUUGUGCCUGCUACAUCACCCUACUUCUCUAUGCCUCAGUUUCCCCUCUGCAAAAUGAGUCUGUUGUGCCCAGAGAGGAGACUCCCCGCUCCUGCUAGUUCAGCCAC